AUGACGACUACAGUGUCAUCGAUAUUGAAAUUUUUGGAAAACGCAGAUAAAAAUUUUGAAAUGGAUACAGAUUCAGACAUUCCAAAAACUAAAAAGAGAAAAUUGGAUCAUUUGACAUGGGAAGAAAAAUUACAAAGGAAGAAAUUAAAAAAUCGUGUGGCAGCCCAAACUUCUCGAGAUAGGAAAAAGGCCAAGAUGGAACAGAUGGAGCAGGCUCUCCAGCAGCUCUUUGUGAAAAACGAGUCACUAUUAGUUGAAUGUAAAAACCUCAAGCUUGCCAACCAGAAGCUCCAACAAGAAAACACAGAACUGUACAAUCGUUUGCAGGCCCCUUGUCUGUCAUGUGCCCAAGCUCAAAACCGUUCUGUCGGGUGUGAGUCCCUAAAUGGAUCCACAGAGAAGAGUCACACACCCAGCAGCGGCUUUGAGCAAGCAACAGACAAUGGUCUUGUUGAAAAUCGUACUGACCUGCCUUCUUUACCGGACCUCCUUGAUGAACUCGAGGCAGACGUCGAUCUUAACUCGUUGGAACAACUCACUCAGAGCCUCCUUGAAGAUAUCGCCAGAGACUUGGAAGCUACUGCUCAGAAAACAAGUACUGAAGAAUCAAGAAGUAAUGGAAGUAGUUCUGGGGAAAUGGUGGGGAAGACAUCAACAGAGUUGGAAUCCAGUGGGUGCGCAACCAAUACUAAGUCGCUAGAAAGCGACAUCUCAGAGUAUUUGCUGCUCCACCACAACUAUGCUGCUAAACCCCCAUUAGACGACACAUUAAAUGCUAAGAGCCCAAUUAGUAGAAUCAGAAAAUUAAAAACUAUCAAACCAAAGCGCAAGAUUGUCAAUACAAAACCUGUUAUUCCUGAAAGCGAUGUGGUUUAUGGAACACUUGAUGAAGUUAGCAAUGUUGUCACGAUAAUAGUGGACAGUAAUGGAGUACCAAUGACAGAAGAAGCAUUACAAAGGUUAGAAAACAGAGAGGAGGAAACCCAACUCACUGUUCCUUUACCUCUUGCAACGCAAUCUGAAUUGGUUACUUCUUUACCAGUUGCUGAAUCAAAAAGAGCUAGUUCAUCAUAUGUUGCUGAAUCAAACCUAACAGUUCCAACAGCCAUGCUAGAAUGUUUGUCUCCAAUGUCCUGCAGUGACUCUGAUCGAGGGUAUGAAUCAUUAGAUUCUCCGAUCAGUUUACCUGAGGAUCUUUGGGACCAAAGUAUAUCAGAGCUAUUUCCUUCUUUACUCUAG